CUAUCACAGACGUCGUUUCAUCGCAGGUACCCGGAUGUACCCGUGGGGCAAUUAGCUACGUCAUUGUUCACCGCCGGACACCCGCUGGAAAUAAGGAAUGGAUUUACAACCGCUAUUAACGUAUUCAUAACAGAUUCCAGCUAUGAACAAUGACCAUAGUUGACAGAUCUUCAGAAAAGUCUGACCACGAGUCAGUCGGAUGUAACCGAUCCUCCUUCACUAGUGGAGACGUGGGGAUGGACGGUAGUUGUUCCAGCAGCUGGGCAGUGGGCUCCACCAUGCCCAGUGACUCUCCAAGGCUGAAGGCUCCAGGAUGCCUGGGCCCAACGAUUGGAGCUGCUGUCUACAACAGUACACCCUCAUCUGUGGAGCGGCCCAAGGAGCAAGUGAUAAGCAGUACCGAUGGAAUUGACUUGCCCCAGAAGGUCCUAUUCUCUCCAGAGCGGCUCGUCCUAAAGUGGACCCAGGUUCACCGCAUUGGUGCAGGCCUGCAGAACAUGGGGAACACCUGUUUCCUCAACUCAGCUCUGCAGUGUCUCACCUACACCCCUCCGUUAGCUAACUACAUGCUGACGCGAGAACACUCCAAAACAUGUCAUGAGCCAGGCUUCUGUAUGAUGUGCACCAUGCAAAACCACAUCAUUCAGGUUUUUGCAAAUUCUGGGAAUGUCAUUAAGCCCAUUGGUGUGCUCAACGAGCUCAAAAGGAUUGCAAAGCACUUCCGCUAUGGAAGCCAAGAGGACGCUCAUGAGUUUCUGCGGUACACAGUGGAUGCUAUGCAAAAGUCCUGCUUACCUGGAACCAAAUUGGACAGGCAAACGCAGGCAACCACUUUUAUUCACCAAGUAUUUGGCGGGUACCUAAGGUCCAGAGUUAAAUGUUUAAACUGCAAAGCAGUCUCAGAUACAUUUGACCCUUUUCUGGAUGUUACUUUGGAAAUUAAGACGGCUCCCAGUGUCUCCAAGGCUCUGGAGCAGUUUGUCAAGCCAGAACAGCUGGAUGAUGAAAAUGCCUACAAAUGCACCAAGUGCAAGAAAAUGGUCACAGCCUCAAAGAGAUUCACGAUCCAUCGCAGCUCCAAUGUGCUCACCCUCUCACUCAAACGCUUUGCAAACUUUAAUGGAGGCAAAAUCACAAAGGAUGUGAAAUAUCCAGAGUACUUGGACCUGCGGCCCUUCAUGUCUCAGUCCCAAGGGGAGCCCCAGCUCUACGGGCUGUAUGCUGUACUGGUUCACUCUGGAUUCAACUGUCAUGCUGGACACUACUUCUGCUAUAUUAAGGCAAGCAAUGGUCAGUGGUAUCAGAUGAACGAUUCCUCUGUGUCUGUCAGUGACAUCAGGUCUGUUCUCAACCAGCAGGCCUAUGCGCUUUUCUACAUCAAAUCCACUGAUAUGAAAAAAACUGGGGACUAUACCCACCUGAGCCAUAAGCCAGGUAUCUCUGGCCAGUCAUCUCCACGACCGGUGGUAACACCACGCAUCAACCCCACCGUCCACCACAACAACAUUGGCUUCAUUGGUCCCCAACUGCCACCACACAUGACCAAGAGCACUCUCCACGUUAAUGGGAAUGGAUCUCUGAGGGACUAUCCCACCAGCUCCAAGCCCAGCACCAGCAGCGUGGUGGGAAAACCAGGGCAUGGACUGGCUUCUUCUUCCUCCAUCUCCCACUCAAUCAGCCGGCCCACAAUGAUCCCAGACCACGACAAACGGCAGAAGCUUUCAUUUUUCAUUGGACAGGGCAAACAGAACCACCUAUCCUCCUCCUCGUCCUCUUACAGCCAGCCGUCCUCUGCCAGCAGCUCCUCCUCCAGCUCUUUAUCCUCCACACAGUCUACCUCAGACGUCCAUUCAGAUGUUCGCUUUGUUCUACGUCAACUUAACCAUGUUAAUGGCACGUCUUGCAGUAACGGGGAUCACCACACUGGAGGGAACGGAGCGUCAUUCCUGGUGCCGUAUGGCCAAGAAUCUUCAGAGGAGUCAGACCAGGAAGCCCCUGGCUCUCUGGAUAACGGCUGUUUAUCCAAGUCUCACCCUAAGGGAAAUAAUGGCACUGGAGAUUUUAGCAAUUCUCCUAAAACCACCAAUGGAGAGUCAGGAGCGCACCAUAAUGGCAAUGGAUUAAAUGGACAAACCUAUGGAGUCUCUAAAUCCAACCAAAAUGGACACCAUUAUGGACACCACAAAGUGAAUGGACACAACACCUCUGACAAGAUCUCUGGCAGUAAUCAUGGCGGUUUCUCCUCUGUGGCUCCUGCGGCUAAUGGACUAAGCAGUGACCGUAGUCAACCAAACAAAGAGGCCCAUACUCCUUCCUCAUCCCAGGCCAGUUCUUCUCAGAGCAUUCAUCCUGCUGCUAAUGAAGGCCAGCACCUCUCUACUCCUGAAAUAAGGGCUAAAAGUCUGUCUGAACCCCUGCCUCACCACACAGCACCCAUGGCUGUUAGUUCUCCACCUCCUGCUACUGCUACAAAGACCCAUUCUGUUGCAUCUAUAGAAUCUGCUGCUUCUUCUGGGCAUCAUGGCAACCCUGCGGCCUUAUCCACCCAGCCAGACUGCUCUCAAAGCACCAGUGGGCCAUCUGUAACUCCACAGAAGGUUAGCAUCAGCAAGAUUGAAGCCAAGGACCUACCACAAAGCAAUGGUCCAUCAGCAGUGACUGAGGGACGUCCAGAUACUAAGGAGCAGCAUCAGUCCAAGCCCAGUUAUAGAGUCAAUGAAAGACAAUCCUCCCGAGACAGGGAGAGAGACAGACUCUACUCUGAUACUGGCAGAGACAGGGAGAGACACUACAGGGACAGGAGCCCGGAACGGCCGAGACGGGACUACCGAGAUAACCGCAAUUAUCGCUCGUACAGGGAUCGUUCCCCUCCUCAAAAACUCUCAAAAAGAGACUGGGAUUCUGAGCGUCGAUGGGAGCGAGCUGUUCAUCUCCCUAGAGACCGUGAUCGUGACAGAAGCUCUUACAGUUACAACUACUACCGCCAACGAUCCAGGGAGGAUGUGGAUCGUGGGCGGAGGGGAUACGAUUACUACCGCGAGGACUCUCAUAAUCAGCGCAGGUGGCACAAAGAAAGCCGAGAUUCCCGGGCAGUGAAGGACAGGAGCAGGGAGAGAGACUAUUACCCUUCUAAAGAGGGGACUUCCUUGCCUGCAACAAUGUCAGAAACAAGCAAGUUCAAGGGCUUCCCACCACGGGUUCUCCUCUCCACAUCUGAGUCAGCACUGAACAGGGAGGAUCAAAAUCACAGGAGGACUGCUGAUCAUCCGAGCAAGGAGAGGGACGAUAGCUCUGAGGCCCGUCGCUCUAAAAAACACAAAAAGAGCAAGAAGAAGAAGAAGUCGAAAGAUAAAGACAGACACCGUGAGAGCGGAAGCUCCGACGGAGAUUCCGACAGAGCCACUGAAACAAAAAAGAACAAAAAGAAAAAGAGGAGGCACCGGGACAGCGAUCCUGAGGAGCACAGCCCAGGAGCAGCUCGGAGCCACAGAAACAGGAGCAGUGAGGAAAGGGAGAGCCGCAAGCGGCGUUACUCAGACUUUAAGUACUCUAAACAUGACAACGGUUAUUCACCAGAAAAGCCCCGCCGCACAGACAGCGCUGACCACAGCAGUAACCAUCUAUCACACUCCCGCCACACCUCACCCACAAACGGUUCAACUCAACGCUGCUUCAACGGAUACACAGGAAAUGGUUACAGUCGAACCAAUGGCAACUCCUACGGAUAUUCCAGUGGCCUCAAACACUGACUAUACAUCACCACCAUUUUAACAACAGCAAAGGAAUGACAUUGACAACUUUUUGACGUGGUGCUUCUUCAUUGGGAAUAAAUUGUAUUUUUCCCACAACUGAAGUGUUUUAAAUGUUCAAGAAUAUUUUUGUUUUUAGUUUAUUUUUUUUAACGGCAUUGAUUUAUUUGCCGUAAUUCUCCUAACGUUAAAAAAACAAACAAAAAACUGUUACCUGGUGGAACAUUUCUGAUUAAAAAUAUUAAUAUAUACUUGUAUGAACACAAACAAAGCCUGGAGCUUAAACAUCUCAACUGCUGCUCAGUGGAACUCAGGACUUGAAAACUUGUUAACAUCCAUCACUGAUAUCCACCUGCUACAAAAAAGAGCAAAACUAAAGGGAAAAGGAAAAGAACUGUAAGGCAUCAUGUUGGUUGUGAGCAAGAUGUCACCAUAUCUACAGAGCUGCAAUGUUGUUAGUUUUUUCUUUGAUCCCACUGGGAGCAGUCAAACUAAUGGAGGGAGAUAUUUGUGAAGGAGACCGACGAGCGCAGUGGUGGGAACAAGGCUUCGCUGACUGAUACCUCCAUGUUAACCCUGGACAGACUUGAGAACAUUUCCCAGCUUUUUCUUCACGUCUUUGUUUCCAUUUUGCUCUGAAGCCUAAGAUUCACACUUUUUAAACUUUUUCACAAGAUGCAGAGGGUUUUUUUUCUCUGGAUCAUGCCUCUCUCCUGUCAUUCUGUUGUUUUCUUUUUAAACAUUCAAAAAGAAAAGCAUCAAAAACUUUGUUAUCAUGGCCGUGGACCAUUUGUGUUAGCUUUUUAAUGACAAAAUACAGUUUGUGUCUUCUAGCAUCAUAAAAAAUACUGUGAAUUUAAUUUUGAACUGUACUAUCAGUUAUUUUUAUACGUAAAGAUCCUGUAUCAGGAUUCUCUGAUGUUUUGUUGAUUUGCUUUGUUUUUAGGAAAACUCGUGGUAAUUUUGACCAUAUUCUCUGAACAAAAGUCAGCAAUGAUUAUGGUUAGCGUUUUUCUUUCUGUUUCAGCUUUAGACAGAAGUUGAGGAAAAAACUGCUGUUAUACUUUUAGUUUAGCAUGUCAGAAUUUAUACAUUGUAUAAGGUAAAAGCCUUAAAAUACAUUUGUUAAUGUCAGAAA